CAGCCAUGCACUCCUUGCGGUUCAGGAGUGCCGAGGUCUUGGUGACGAAUGCACAGGUUGUCAAAGAGAACCUGGGCAGCCUUGCACACAAUCUUUUCCCUCUCCUUUUUAAAGCUAGUUACUUGCAGGAGCAGGGCGAAGUGAUUCAUGACCUGGUGCAAAACUGGCCGCUGCCCGAACUUAAUCUUGGGAGGCUGUUGGGAAAGACGACAGACCACCAGGAAGACAUCACCAACAGAGCCUGCUCGGUGUGCCUGGCUAGCUGUCUAACUGGCCUGAGAGACUAUGUGUUGAAUUGUUCAUCUCUGUACGCAAAGAGACUCAAAAGGGUAGACUUAACAGGCAUACAAGAUGUUGAAGUUCAGCUUUGCAGCUGUAGGAAGACAAUGGGACGAUGGGCCAGGACAGAGCUCCUCUCCAAAAUCUGCUAUGACUUGCUUGUUGACAUGGGCAGGCUGUCGCUCGGUCCAGAGGUGUUUGAGAUUUCUGUUGAUGUCUUCAUGGACAUCUUUGUUACAGAGCGAAGCUAUGACCUGGUGGUCCAGACCUUGCUCAUGAGGUGCCACUGCCCCCUGAAAAUCCGUUGCGCAGCAGUCAGAGUGGACAACCUCGCCCUCAGGAAGCUCUUCUACCUUGUAAAGCUUACAGAGCCCGCUUCGCUGGGCAGGUUCGAAGUCAUCCACAAUGUUCGGAUGGAAAUGGAACAUUUCCUGGUGCUGCUGAACAAUGUCCAGUUUCCUCAGUUGACUUCUCUAACGCUCCCAGCAAGGACCUUUGAUGUGAGAAAGUUCACAACGGAGGAUGAAGCCACUCUGGCAAGAGUCGGAGAUAAGCUGAGCCAGAUGACUCGGCUGACUGAGCUGAGCCUCGCAUUUUCCACCCUCACAGGAAGGAUUCGUAAACUGCUCAGCCCACUAAAAUCCCCACUGAAAAUGUUGGAUGUUUCUAACUGCUCCUUAAACCAUGUAGACAUGGCCUAUUUGGCCAACAGCCUCCAUUCCAAUCACUUGGAAGCUCUUGAUAUCAGUGGGCAUGAUGUGGCUGAUUUGUACCCUUCUACUUUCUUCAAGCUGCUGAACCAUUCAUCCCACACACUGAAGAGUCUCACCCUCGAGGAAUGCAACAUCCAGGACACUCAUCUGAAUAUGUUGAUUUUGGGGUUGGUCCCCUGCCGGAAGCUAGAAGAGUUCAAGUUCCUUGGAAAUCCUCUCUCGUCACGAGCCUUGAAAUGCCUUUUCAACAUUUUCACCGAUUUCCCCAGACUGAAAUACAUUGAAUUCCCAGUUCCGAAAGACUGCUAUGCAAGUGACAUCAGUUACCCAAUCUCUGAAGCGGAUCUUUCCAAAUUUGAUCAUCAGAAAUAUGAGAGCAUAGCAGAAGACCUCAACAUGAUUUUGCUGCAGGCAAAGCGAGAUGACAUCAAGGCCUCUACGCCCGUCUUUGGAGCUUAUGAUGCAGCGCUACAAGAAACAGGCAACGAACUAGGAGCAGCCUUGUUGCAGUCUUUCAGGGAAACCAUUCAGAGCUUCAGCAUGGCUCUUCAAAAAAUGAGCUGAAAUAUGGACCAGACGUAUUUUUUAAUUCAUUUAUCAAACCCAAGCAUCAACAUAUUGGAAUUGUUUAGUUAGCACAUGCUAGUGGGUUUUAUAUCACUUCUUCAUCCAAAUGAGAGAGCAGUACAAAUGGUUGAGUAAAAUGCCUGAGCAAA